AUGCAGCUCGCAUCGGCGGACGAAAACUGGCGGCAGCGCGUUUGGCCGCAUCGGGCGCAUCUCCCGCCGGCGCAGGCGAGCCUAUCUGAUUUCAAGACGGCAAUCAACGCGCCGCCAGGCAUCGACGAAAUGCCCCAUACCGGCCAGGCAGGAGUCAACCAGCUGGGAGGAGUCUUCGUCAAUGGCCGCCCGCUGCCGGACAUCGUCCGACGGCGAAUCGUGGAGCUGGCGCUGAUGGGUGUCCGGCCCUGCGACAUCUCCCGCCAGCUACUCGUUUCUCACGGUUGCGUUUCGAAGAUUCUGACCCGCUUCUACGAAACCGGAUCGAUACGGCCCGGCUCGAUCGGUGGCAGCAAAACCAAGCAAGUGGCGACCCCGACGGUGGUGAAGAAAAUACUGCGCUUCAAGCAGGAAAAUCCGGGCAUGUUCGCUUGGGAAAUUCGCGAUCAGCUCCUCAGCCAGCGGAUAUGCGACCCCAACACGAUACCGUCGGUCAGCUCCGUCAACCGGAUUCUCAGAAACGGUGGCAUGUGGACCGAUGAUAUGACUUCGAACGAACAAAUGCUUCGAGAGUCAUCCCAUUCGACCGCCGCCUACAUGCAGUCCAAGUCGAUGGCGCACCCGCUCUACAGUCAAACGCUCGAGCAACAUCAGGCCCUCCUCAGCCAGUACCGCUACAGUAUGGCCGCGGUCUCUCCGGAGCACGCCACCAAGUCGGCCGGUCACCCCCAUCAUCCGCACACCGUGUCCUCGUACGGCCCAGGACCUCUCAGUCAGACGGCGACGGGUUCGUUGCCCGUGCAAAGGACGGCCGCCAUCAACAUCAUACAGCACGAGGGACUCACCAUCACCAAGACCCCCGCGACCGACCUCCACCAACCCGCCAUCCACCACCCGCACCACCCACCACAGUCCCUGGUCGGUGGGGUCAGUAAGCCGUCGCCUGCCGUCAGCCUGCCGGACCUGAGCUCCCCGAAGCCGGACGCCAAAAGUGAACCUUCGUCCUCCACCCGUUCCACACCCACCAGCACUCCGACGACGUCCUCGUCGGCCCCCGCCACCACCACCUCCCAGAUGCCGCCCGGCUACCUGCCGAAGCACUGGAUCUGGAACACGAGCCUGUUCUACGCGGCCAACCGGGGCUCCGUUCCGGUGACGUCCGGUGCCUCCGAGGCCACCUCGAUGGCGGCCGCAACGGCAGCGGCGGCGGCUGCGGCAGCAGCGGCAGCGGCCGCGGCCGCUUUCCCCCACGGGUACUUCACCUACGGCAAUCCUUUCGGUGCGAGCGGAGCGUUCGGGGCGCAGCUUGAGGCCGGCAGCCUUCGGAGUGAUACGACCGCGUCGAAUGCGUCCUCGUCGCCGGUGCAGAUCACCGACGUCAACAGUGACGACUCCUCCGACAACCACGACGAUUUGCGGACCGCCAUCUCGAAGAAACGAAACCCGUACUCGAUCGAGGAGCUGCUCAAGAAGCCCGAGAGCAAGCGGCAGAAGAUCGAUGGCGUUACCAUUACGCGCCUUUCGUCGCCACCGGUGAAGGGCGAUGACAAGUACUACCCCUCGUCGCCGUCCUCUCCGUCGGCCUCUCCGACCAAGUCCUGCCCGUCGCCACCGAUCGCGGCCCCGAUCCCUCGGCGGCUAUCGUCCUCGUCGUCGCCGUGCUCGGUUGGCGAGGAGUCCGAAGCGGCCAGCAUCGUGUCGGCGGUCGUUCGCUCGAAGCUAAACGAUACCAAUAGCGAAACCAAUAUCAAUAUCGAAAUUUGUGAUUGA